AUGUCGCAAUACAUACAGUAUCUAUCGCAUCCGAUAAACAUAUAUCUACUGAUUAAACGAUUGGCUACUGAAUGGCCACAAGUGGACAAACUACUGGAUCAGCCGACACACAAUAAGCUCCGGUUACGAGUGAAUCCAAUUGAAAACAAUGAUUUGAGUGAAGCGGCUGAAGGUUUACAAAAUUUGGUAAAUACUUACCAAUUGGACAUACAGGCGCUGGCAAAUGGUUCGGUAAAGUUCUGGUCAGAAACGGAUGGCCGUGAGAUAAUAAUCCAGCCGUCAGAUGACACACACCGGUUAACGGCUGCCGACUGUUAUCUGAUUGGAAAACAAACACUUAUUGAGGAUUACUAUGAAAAUGCUAUUCAAUGGUUCAAUGAGACCAUUAAACGAUCAGAUAAUAGUACAACCGAUAUGUUGUUUCAGUCAACAGUAGCUAAACAUAUGGCACUGGCCUACUAUAGACUGGGAGAUUAUAAUCAAAUAAAACGUUUGAAUCGGUCAGUAGAGUCCCGAUUGACGUGUCGUUAUUUGGAUACAACUAAUCGGCCGUUACUACGGCUAACCCGUGUGAAAGUCGAACAAAUGUUUGACAAACCAGAUAUAGUAGUAUUUCACGACAUAAUCAGUGACCGGGAAAUAGAUAUAAUGAAACAGUUGGCCAGUAGACAAAUGGCCAGAUUAAUGACAUUAUCAAAAAGUACGGUUUCUAGCGGACGGUUAUCUGAUGGCAGUUGGUUAGAGGAUAUGGAUCACGAAGUGAUCGGACGAAUCAGUCGGCGUAUCGGUGCCCUAACUGGUGUCAGUAUGAAUGGCUCCGAACUAUACAGUGUAAUCAAGUAUAGAGUCGGCGGGUAUUAUGUAAAUCAUUACGAUGUGUCAGUUUACAGACCGUUCAUUGGCGAACUGUACGGUCUGAACGAUCGUAUAGCCACAUGGGUUACAUACCUGGGCGAUGUACAGUCGGGCGGUGCUACUGUUUUUCCGCUAUUGGAUGUACGGAUAGAGCCUCGAAAAGGAUCGGCAGUUUUCUGGUUUAAUCUGAAAAGUUCCGGUUUAGUAGACUAUAAUAUGAUGCACUGUGGAUGCCCGGUGCUGGCGGGCCAACCCAAAUGGAUUGCCACCAAAUUGAUGACGUAUCGAUCUCAACAGUUACAUAAGCCAUGUCUAUUAGAUAAACAUUUAUUCAAUUAUGUGUAA